GGGAAGCUGCGCGCAGAGCCGUAGAGUGGCAGCGUCUCGGGGCGGCAGUCGGAGAGGGAGAGAGGGUGUGAGAGAGAGAGAGAGAGAGAGAGAGAGUGAGUGAGUGUCGUCCUCGCGUUUUUCCGCCCUGCAGCUGCAGCGAGCCGAUCUGAAACGCCUCAGCGUCCGAACAUGGCCGACCCAGCGGCGCCCGGCGACGCGGAGAGCGCGAGCGGCGCGCGAGGCUUCGCCAGGCAGGGCGCGCUGAGGCAGAAGAACGUGCACGAGGUGAAGGAGCACAAGUUCAUCGCGCGCUUCUUCAAGCAGCCGACCUUCUGCAGCCACUGCACCGACUUCAUCUGGGGAUUCGGCAAACAAGGCUUCCAGUGCCAAGUGUGCUGUUUUGUGGUGCACAAACGCUGCCAUGAGUUCGUCACUUUCUCCUGUCCAGGAGCAGACAAGGGGCCUGCAUCAGACGACCCCCGCAGUAAACACAAAUUUAAGGUACACACAUACUCCAGUCCCACGUUCUGCGACCACUGUGGAUCUCUGCUCUAUGGACUUAUACACCAGGGGAUGAAAUGUGACAACUGCAUGAUGAAUAUUCAUAAGCGAUGUGUGACCAACGUUCCAAGCCUGUGUGGGACUGAUCACACAGAAAGGAGAGGAAGACUGCACAUCACCGCUGAUAUCAAAGACAUUGCUCUAACCGUAACCAUCAAGGAGGCUCGGAAUUUGGUGCCCAUGGACCCUAAUGGCCUGUCAGACCCAUACGUGAAGCUCAAACUGAUUCCUGACCCUAAGAGUGAGAGCAAGCAGAAGACCAAAACCAUCAAGUGCUCCCUCAAUCCCACAUGGAACGAAUCCUUCACUUUCAAUCUGCGGGAAUCAGAUAAGGACCGGCGUCUGUCCGUGGAGGUGUGGGACUGGGAUCUGACCAGCAGGAACGACUUCAUGGGCUCUCUCUCUUUUGGUAUCUCUGAGCUUCAGAAAAAAGGGGUCAGUGGCUGGUAUAAGCUGUUGGGACAGGAAGAAGGAGAAUAUUUUAAUGUUCCAGUUCAGCCAGAUGGCGAGGAAGGCAGUGAAGAACUGCGGCAGAAAUUUGAGAGGGCCAGGAUUGGUCCAGGCAGUAAGAAUACAGACAGCUCCUCAUCCAACGAUAUCUCCAAAUAUGAUGCCAACGGCAACCAGGAUCGAGUGAAACUCUCCGAUUUUAACUUUGUCAUGGUGCUUGGAAAAGGAAGCUUUGGCAAGGUGAUGCUGGCAGAGCGUAAAGGAACAGAUGAGCUGUAUGCGGUGAAGAUCCUGAAGAAGGACGUGGUGAUUCAGGAUGACGACGUAGAGUGCACAAUGGUGGAAAAGAGGGUUCUCGCACUUUCUGGAAAACCUCCAUUCCUCACCCAGCUGCACUCCUGCUUUCAGACUAUGGACCGUCUGUAUUUUGUGAUGGAGUACAUUAACGGAGGGGACCUGAUGUACCAGAUACAGCAAGUGGGGAAGUUUAAGGAGCCUCAUGCUGUGUUCUAUGCUGCAGAGAUUGCUAUUGGUCUGUUUUUCCUCCAUUCAAAAGGCAUCAUUUACAGAGAUCUAAAGUUGGAUAACGUGAUGUUGGACGCAGAGGGCCAUAUUAAGAUCGCAGACUUCGGCAUGUGCAAGGAGAACAUGUUUGAUGGCGUCACCACAAAAACCUUCUGUGGAACUCCAGACUACAUUGCUCCUGAGAUUAUUGCUUAUCAGCCCUAUGGGAAGUCAGUUGACUGGUGGGCCUAUGGAGUUCUACUGUAUGAAAUGUUAGCGGGACAGCCCCCAUUUGAUGGUGAAGAUGAAGAUGAGCUUUUCCAAUCCAUCAUGGAGCACCAUGUGUCCUACCCUAAAUCCAUGUCUAAAGAGGCAGUGGCCAUAUGCAAGGGCUUGAUGACCAAGCACCCAGGGAAGCGUUUGGGCUGCGGUCCAGAGGGGGAGCGAGAUAUUAAGGAACACGCGUUCUUCCGUUACAUGGAUUGGGAGAAAGUGCAGAACAAAGAGGUUCAACCACCAUUCAAACCCAAAGCAAAAAAUCGGCGCGACACCGGGAACUUCGACAAGGAGUUUACCAAGAUGGCGGUCGAGCUGACUCCGACGGAUAAACUCUUCAUUAUGAAUUUGGACCAAAAUGAGUUCCAAGGCUUCUCCUACACUAAUCCAGAGUUCGUCAUUCAGGUUUAGGCCCAGUCUCCGAGUGGUUUUCCCCUUUACUGCACCAUUAAGGCCCAUCCUACAGAUGCGAGAGGAGAAGAAAGUCUGCGUUUCAUUUCCGAUAUCGUGCAUUUUGAUUGUCCUCAAGGCCCAACCGGUCUCAACCAGAAUCUCAGAAACACUGGAUUGGACGGAGGGGAGAGAACAGUGCUAAAUACCUGUGUUCAUAGUCUCCAUGAGAACGUGUCGUCUUGUCAUCUCCAUGAGAAUUAUCCUACCUCUUUCUGUUUUCGCCACUCCCUGCAUCUUCGAGUAAGCUAAUAUAGCUACACACUUAAAAAGAUGGUUCUUCAAGAGUUCUUUAGUAAGGAUAACAGCUCUAUUUAGAACCUUCCGUUCUAUAUAGAACAAUUUCCUGCUUAAAUGCUUAUUGGCAGGGUGUAAUGGCUCUUCAGAGAAUGGGUUGUAUGUGGUUCCAUAUAGAACCUUUUUGAAAAUGGUCCUAUAUAGCACCAGAAAGGGUUUUACUAUUUUUACUAGGCUUGUACCAAUAAAAGAACACUUUUUGGUUCUAAAAAGAACCAUUGACUUUACUAAAGAAACCUCUCUUUUAAGUGUGUACAUGAUGUUUAUAGUGUUUUCAUGACUUGAGUUCCAUGUGAUUAACAUUAGGCUCAGAUCUAAUCAAAACAAUAAGAAGAAUUCUGGGUAACGCUUUACUGUAGGGUUCUGUUCCUAAGGCUACACAACAUCUACAUCAUGACAUGUUGUCAUGACAAUUGACAUAAUCCUCCAUAAAUGUUUAUAAAUGCUUAUUCCAAUAGACAUCAUCUGUCAUAUAGAGUAUUUUAGCUAACUUUGACCAAAAUUGGCAAGUGUAAACUUUAUAGCAAAUGAUGCCUAUUAGAAGAAGCAUUUAUAAACAUUUAUGUAGGGUUAUGUCAUAUGUCCUGAAAUGCUUAUGUAGGUGUCAUAAUGGCCUUAUGACCAGUGUUACCAAAUUCUGUUUUAAAAAGAGAACAUUUAUCACUUAAAAAUAAAAAUGACUGCAAUACUCAAGCUGUUAAGAUGUGUGCCAUUGGGCGAAUACCAUUAGCAAUACUAGAAGCUAAUGUUCUACUGAUGUUAUAGUUAGCCCUCAACUCUAGGGCUCAUUUGAGAAUGAAGCUAAUGUUGGCAUAUCAAAUGGCAAUGAGCUGUACAGCCUUAGAAAUAGCAUGUAGCUGUUCCUCUGCUAUUACUACCAGACUGAAUACAUAAUGAUACAUAAUACAUAUCAUCACCUUUUAGUUCAAGUUUAAAUGCGUGAAAGGGUAAAUAAGCAUCGUGUUAGCAAAACUGACUAGGAAGCAGGCUUAGUUUGUGCUUUCUGCGGUUAAAUAAACUGAAAAUAUGAAAAAGCGACAUAAUUUUCAAAGCAGUAGAGGGCAAAUCAUUUGUGGUCGUAUUUGGAUGUGCAUAACAUAACAUAGCAUAAUACAUCAUAAUAAAAUCAGCCAGAUCAGUUAAAUAAUGUUUUAAAUAUCAUCCUACCAUUUCUAGAGGUGCAGUCUUUAAGCACCUUUUAAGCAUUAAAAAAUAUUGUACCUGUUGAUUAAAGCACAAUUUUUGCCACUCAUAUCUGGACACAGGAUCGAUAUGUGUAAGCAUAUUAAUUUUACUGAACAUUCGUAUUUGUUUCUUUCCCUAAUAAGUGCCAUAUUUUUGCCAUUUAGACCUUGAGUGGAAUUUGAACGAGCAUGAUUGUAGAAUAUUUCAUAUUCAGGCAAAAAAAUGUUUUUAGAACAUGCAUAUCAUAUACACGUAAAUAUUUUGACAAUCACUUUGCAUUUAAAAUGAUAUAAUGGCUAACAUUGAGGCUAACAUGGCUUUUUAAAUCAUUUUAAUGGGGGCCUGUUUCUUGCUACAAGGAGCCACUUCGAGCCCCAGAGCCUGUAGGGAGCCCUUCAUUUUGUAUGUUGUCAAAUUCAUUCAAUAUUGUUUAUAGAAAAAGACGGAGUGUAGAAGUUCGUUAUUUUUCUGGUCUUGCAUACAACUGGGUGGUAGUGGGGACAAAGUAGAAUGUCACUUAGGGCCUGCAGAUUUUCAAAAACGACCCUGGUUUUAACUAAUAUCAAAUUAUGCUUUAAGAAUUUCAUGCAUAUUUUGUAGUUUACCCCACAGUAAGCACCAAAAAGUAUCUAGACCUUAAGAAACCCUUAUUGGUCCAUCCAUGCAGUGAAACACCACACACACACUAGUGAAGACACACACUAGGGGGGCAGUGAGCACGCUUGCCCAGAGUGGUGGGCAGCCGUAUCCGCAGCACCUGGGGGUUAGGUGUCUUGCUCAAGGGCACCUCAGUCAUGUACUGUUGGCUCAAGGGAUUGAACCGACGACCUUCCAGUUGCAAGGCAUGUUCCCUGACCUCCAGCUCAUGGCUGCCCCUAAUACGUGGGCUCGUCUAGGAUUUGAACCAGAGACCUCUCGCAUCAUAAGCGAGAACCAUACCCCUAGACCAACGAGCCAUCCGUUGGCACUCCUGCUGUUUUAUGUUGAGGAGUUGGCAGUAAAAGAAGGCAUGAACUUGCUUUUGGUUUGUAUUUCACAUAGACAACAUAGAUCCAAUGCCAAAGCGACUGGUUUUUGGAAAAGACAAGUUUCCAUAAGUUUGGAAUCAGUAAUUAUAGUAGGGAUAGUUUCGGGUUUUAAACUGAUGUCAUUAAAAAUACUUCAUAUACACAUUUGACUGCACACAAAAAUUAUAUUUAUUAUACUAUGUAUUAACCCCUUAAUAUUCCAGGCUUAUUACAUACUAAGGCUUAUUAUUCAUUAGCUACAGGGACUUGCAAACUAACCUAUCUUUUCUUAGGUUAAUGAAGUGCCUAAUAAAGCUUUGUGCCCGCCAGCAGGUCCAUGGCUUGGAAAGGGGUUAGUGCAAAAGUGUCUUCAUUUUGUAGAGCCACACGAGGCUGUUACCGGGAUAUAACCCGGCUUUGCAUCAUGCAAAACCACUGUAAUGCAGGGAGUCGUGUGGCAUAUUGUUCUAAUAUAACAAGACAGAUAAAACAAGACGUAAAUAAAACCAACAAGCCCAGAUAGAACACUUCCAAAUUUGACAUUUUGCAUCGUAAAAUUAGCCCAAUCAGUUGUGACUUUUUGCCCUUAAAACUUUUGUUUACAUCUUAUGGUUUAAUGGUAAAUAUGUCAGAAAAACCGAGCUAAAAUGUAACAAUGCAUAAUUUUCUGCGUUGGCCCAGACCAAGAAAACCCAGCUACAAUUAUACAUGCAUUCUUAAACUGCAAGGGUCAAAUGUGGGUCUACGCUUUUCACUGUCAUCAGGUUAUCAGGCUAAGUUAGGAGUUCUCAGUGGAAUGCUUCUCCGCCAGACAAUAAUACAUAUCAAACAGAGAUAUGUGGUAUAAAAUACAGAAGAGUACACUUUCAGGACCUUAGUCUCAAAUACAUAACAUGCAAUAAAGUGCUUGUUUGCUGUUAAAACAUGCAAAUAGCAUGAUACAAACUAGAUCAUAUAAACUACUACACCUUUGAAGCAUGAUGGUGGUAGUGCUAACCACUGGUUCCCUUACCUUCACUAGUUAUAUAACUACUGAGGGAGCUAGAAAUUCAUUUAAAUGCAUUUCACAAUCACAACCAGAAACCCCCCGCACAAUUAUGGGUGUCACUACAUUCUACAGACAGGCGUCUACACCUUUGGUGCCCUUUAUUGUGGUGAAAAUGUACAAAAUAUGCUGAAAGUGUACAAGAACUUUGUCCAAAUGUCAUUUCAAAUCCACAGUGAUAAAGUACAGAGGCAAAACAUGGGUCAUCGUCAAAAUACUUGCUGUAGCUAUUGUAAACAUAUAAACAUACAGUCAUAUGCAAAAGUUUGGGCAACCCUGGUCAAAUUCUGUUUUAUUUUCUGGGUGGAAAAAAAGUUAGAUGUCCUCUACAGAGAACAUGUUUCUGUACAUUUUAUUUAUACAUAUUAGAAUUACAGUUUAUUUGCUGAAUUUAACAUAUUGGGUUAUGUCACACUUUAUGUUCUAGGCUUUAUUGAUUUCUGACAUGUUAAACAUGUAAAUAAACGGACACUGUGCACAAAAAUUUGCAGAAAAGGCCAUAUAUAAAUGUGCUUCUCUAUAGGAAAUAUUAUAGCUUAUUUUUGCUUAGAAACAAAACAUGAUUUGACCAGGGAUGUUCACAUUUUUGCAUAUGACUGUGUAACACCUACACAAGCAGUCAUUUGUAAGAACCUACGGAAUAUUGUACUUUCGACCUAUUUUUAAUCUUACUGUAUAAUUAAAUACUGUAUAAUUGCUGUAUAAUUAAAACAUACCAAUAUUUCAUAUUAUCUAACAGAAGACAUGAUUUUAUAAUCAGGUAAAUAUACCCAGAGAGGACAACAUGAUACACAAUACAAAAAAAAAGAUCAUUUUUGAGAAAGUGAAGAAUCGAUAGUUAACAUAUUUUUCAUAAUUAAUAACAAAUAAAUAAUAGCCGAGCAUAAUUGGCCUCGCGCUGACUGACUGGGCAUUGCUCAACAUAAUGCUAUCAAAUGUCUGUUAGCUGACCUAACAAGAAUUAGCAAUAAGUGUUCUCCUCCAAGCAUGUUGAGCUGUCCAAUGGCGCUUUGUUAGCGGUGGUUUGAAAAGAUGUGGUGCCGCUUUACACGACUCGGUAGCGUUGUGUGAUAGUGGAACCACUAGCUAGUGUGUGGACUUAGGCCCAAUCCCAUGUCUUCUUUUUUGCCCCUACCCCUUCUUUUUACCCUAAUUUCAACAGUGGUUUUGCCCAAUGAAACAGGACCCUCAAAUAACUUAAUAACUGAAUUAAUUAACAGCUACUAGCGCUGCUCUGUAGGCGACCCGGCCCAACUUCAGUGAUAGCAGAGGAGGGUGAAGUUCAGCUCCUCACUCCUGGGCUUUAGUUACAUUUAGGGUAACAUGCUUUCGAAGAGGGGGAUGCGACAGGUUUUGGUGAUACAAAGCUGAAGUCAGCUAUUCGCCAGCUUCUUGUUCGAAUUUUCCCGUUCCACCUUAAAUUGUGCAGCAGUUACAUUCUGGCGCUUCAGGCAUCAACCCUGCUGGACUGUUUA